AAAAGGUGGACGAGCUAUAUCCAGCAUCGGACAGAGUGGUGGGAUCUCUCCAUAUGGCACACACAGAGAGGAGAGAUGCUCCUGGGCUGCCUGAUUUCUCCCUGCUCAAAAGACUGGCCAGAGACCAGCUCAUCUUCCUGCUGGAGCAGUUGCCAGGGAAGAAGGAUUUAUUUAUUGAUGCAGAUUUGAUGAGCCCUCUUGAUCGAAUAGCAAAUGUCACAAUCCUGAAGCAACACGAAGUCGACAAACUGUACAAAGUUGAGCUCAAGCCAGUUGUCAGCAGUUCAGACCAGCUGUGCUUCCUGAUACGUCCCAGAAUACAAACUGUGAAGUGGAUUUCAGAUUUGGUUAAUUCAGACAAAGUGGCUGGAAGAUUCAGAAGAUAUAAGAUCAUAUUUACCCCCCAAAAGUUUUAUGCAUGUGAGACGAUUUUGGAAGAGCAGGGAGUCUAUGGAGAUGUUACAACCGAUGAGUGGAAUUUCUACAUUCUUCCUCUGGAUGACGACAUCCUGAGUUUAGAGCUGCCUGAAUUCUUCAGAGAGAACUUUCUGAUGGUGUAUGAAUCCUGGAGGGAGCUCAUGGAGGAGGGGGAACAGAGAACAAGACAACCUGAAUUUGCAAAAGUAUUUCUUAUUGACAGAGAUGUGGACUUUGUUACUCCACUCUGCUCUCAAGUUGUUUAUGAGGGAUUGGUAGAUGAUAUUUUCAGAAUAAAAUGUGGCAGUGUGGAGUUUGGACCUGAUGUCACUUCCACUGACAAGAGCAUCAAAGUGAUGCUUAACUCUCAAGAUAAAGUAAGAGCUACAUAG